AUGAAUUUAUAUUUAUUAUUAUUCGCGAUAAUAAAUUUCGUACAAUGGAUCGAUCAGACUUACGGAAAAUUCGAAGAUUACGACUACGACGACAACGACAACAGCAACAGCUACAGCUACAGAAACGACGACGACGACGGUAACAACAACUCGUCUUUUUCGUCUCAAAACCUUUUUCAACCCGCCAUCAUUGACGGAACUCUCGCUUCGCUCACCGACUAUCCCUUCGCCGUGAGAUUAUACGGAUUCGUGAGAACGGGAUAUACAUCCUGCACCGGAUCCGCCGUGCACAAGAGAUUAAUUUUAACGGCGGCUCACUGCGUCAGCAAGAAGGGAUCAUACAUCGUCGUGACCGGAUCUCCGGAUCAUUCGGACUACGUCAAAGGGCGUAACAUGAAACAAUACGCGAGGUACAAAGUCACCCAAAGGUACAUUCAUCCCCUCUACUCCGACGAAUUGCACAUUCACGACGUUGCCGUCAUCAAAUUGGGACGAGAAAUCGUCGAUAAUAAAGUCAUUCCCGUCAACGUGAGCUACGACGAAAUCGUCGGCGUCGAAAACGCGACCAUACUCGGAUGGGGAGGAAUCCUUCACAACGCUCGAAAUAACAGGUUAUACGAAAAACAAAUGCAGAUCCAACCGUGCAGGGUCAAGGGACCCCCGAAAAACGACUACGAGUAUUUGUGUCUCAUCGGUCACGGCAUAUGUCGCGGUGAUUCCGGAGGACCCCUCCUCAUCAACGGUUCCGUUUACGGAGUCGCGUCAUUUUUGGAAAGCAAAACCCGGUACACGAGAGGAGCCCCCCUCAAAUGCGUUCCCGAAUCCGCUUACUAUUACGCGUCCAUGUCGGUGGAAAAAUCAUUCGUACAGGACACCAUAUUGAAAAACACCGGAAGUAGAAAAAUAUCCAUUUUUUACAAUUUAUACGAAUUUACGCUUUGA